UGGCAGUAGUGUUGUUUUUUCUUUUUCAUGCAGUCGCUAGGUCUUGGGGUUUAAUUCUUCUGGGUUGUUUCUUCUACACUCGAUUCUCUGAGACUUUCUUUCCUUUCUACCCUUCUCUCUUUUCGUUGCUCGCACCCAUCCUUCUCUCACACCCCUCUUGCACUCUUUUGUUUUUUGGUUAACUAUUCUCGAUUUAUCUAUCAGACUCGCCCGGGCGGUUGGUGUUCGUUAUCAGGAGUUCUUGUUGAUCACAUCGGUCUCUUCCUUGGUCACUCGAGCUGCUAGCCUGUCGAUUUUUCCCCUUACCUACGCCAUUCAGCCUCUCGAUACCGCCUUAUAUCCCCUAUUGACGCAUCACAUUUUCUUCCUUGACCAGCAGCGUUACCCUUGCGUCUGACCCCUGAGGGUGUGUCUCAGCCGCGCUAAGGGAAUUAACUCGAUUCCUAUACUAUAACAAUCUACCGAGAACGCUCUGUCCUAAGUGUCCCCCGCGUGGCUGGCCUUAAUUGAGAUUGUCACUGUGACAUCGAUCGCCGUCAUGGCUCCACGAGACUCUAGCACUAUUACGUCCCGUCGACGCCCCUCUUUCUCCCUCCGCACUCGGCCUCGAACUGCUACGACCUCAACCGCUCAUACAACCGGAUUGGAACAUGACGUGUGGCACGGGCUGUCUGUGGUGGAUUCGGGAGAUGAUGAUGACGGCCAGGUCGUGGAGGAUAUGAACCAUUUUCCAGAGCCUGUCCCUAGGCGCCGUGAAGCAAAGAGCUUCUCUAGCUUACGCCAUCCCGUGGACGGUCUGCGAGCUCUGGGUCGUCGCCUCUCGGUGACGCUCCGCAACAAGUCGUCCAGACAUUCUGUUCAUCCUCAACCAGAAACCAUGAGAAAUUCCUGGUGCAAUGAAACUAGCAUUAAUCGUCGACCAUCCCUGGAAAGCAUCUCCGCGCUGCACGGUUUCUACGCCCAUGCUGGCGCCCCUGUUCCUGGAAAUGGCCUGGAGCCACCUGUUUUCUCGAAUGACAUUUAUGCGGGAGCGGCAGCUCGCGCUGCAGCUGCAGCUCAGAAUGAGCUGGCAAGAGCUCUGCGGGACAGUAUGAAGCUCUCGGAUGCAAGAUUGACUCAAGACUCGGAAAGUGGCAUUGGAAUCGAUCUACGCGAUCGCUCAGAGCUAUCUGACCCAGCCCUGGCUAUAGUACGGAUUGAUCCUGUUGGCUGCCUUCCUCCUGAGGUCAUGUCACAAGUGUUCUCCUACCUCGAUCCCGAGUCCCUUAUGCAGUCUGAGCUGGUUUCUCGUGCUUGGAGUGAGCAGGCAUCCUCCCGGCACAUCUGGCGGCACGUGUUCCGCCAUACUUACGGACAACACCCUAGCGGGCUCCCUUUCAAGAAGAGACAAUCUGCUGGUUUGGGUAAGACUCAUCCCAAGCAGGAUUGGAAGCGGAUGUUCCUGGUUCGCCGUGCUUUGGAACAUCGGUGGAAGGAAGGAAAGGCCGCUGCUAUCUACCUUCAUGGCCAUAAGGACAGUGUCUACUGUGCGCAAUUUGAUGAGGACAAAAUCAUCACUGGCUCUCGCGAUCGAACCAUUCGUGUAUGGGACGCUCAUUACCCUUGGCCAUGCCGGAAGAUCAUUGGCCCUCCCCCGGGCGAUGUCUCCGGUAUUGGUCCGGUCAACAACCCGGCGCAGCAAUCAGCCGGAAAGCCGCCCUUCUUGACCAUUUGCCCCCCGCCGACGCGCUCUGCGGGGAUCAUGGCUCCCAUUGAGCACAGCGCAGACUAUCACAGUGCUUCCAUUCUCUGCCUCCAGUUCGACGAAGAAAUCAUGGUCACCGGUUCGUCUGAUUUUACCUGCAUUGUGUGGGAUAUCAAGAACGACUACAAGCCGAUUCGUCGCCUUGUGGGCCAUCAGGCAGGAGUGCUGGAUGUCUGCUUUGAUGACCGGUACAUUGUGUCCUGCUCCAAAGACACUACAAUUUGUGUGUGGGAUCGGCACACAGGGGCCUUGGUGAAGAAACUCCUUGGCCACAGAGGUCCAGUGAACGCUGUUCAGCUGCGCGGAGAUCUUGUCGUUUCUGCAAGCGGGGACGGCGUCGCCAAGCUCUGGAACAUCACUUCUGGCCUUUGUGUCAAGGAGUUUCCCAGCAAGGACCGUGGACUGGCAUGUGUUGAAUUCAGCGAUGAUGCUCGAACCAUUCUCACUGGCGGCAACGAUCAAGUGAUCUAUCAGUUUGACGCCAAUACCGGCGACAUGGUCAAUGAGCUCAAGGGCCACGCGGGCUUGGUUCGCUCCUUGCACCUCGACAGUAUGAACCAAAGAAUCGUCAGUGGUAGCUAUGACAUGAGUGUCAAAGUAUUCGAUGCUCAAAGUGGCGAGCUAUCCAUUGACCUUCCGGGCUGGACAACGAGCUGGAUGCUCAGCGUCAAGUCCGAUUAUCGGCGCAUUGUGGCUACCAGCCAAGACUCUCGCGCUGUCAUAAUGGAUUUUGGAUACGGACUAGACGGCAUAGACUUGCUGAAAGAGUAAUUUAUCUGGCUAGACAUUUGCGUUUCGCUUAUUUGCUGGGAAAAAGUCUCGGUUUGGAGUUUUCUGGGAUAUUCAGGUUCGCUUCUUGGGUUUAUUAGCAGGGACAUACAUUGGCUAGCGAUAGAUGCUUAUACAUUUGCUCAAUUAAUUUAUUUGCUC